UUAGAGGCACAACACGCCAAUUAUCCAUGACCAUUCAACACUCACUGCCACGAGUUCCUCCUUUUAGUACAAAGCUUGAUCAUAGACCCCUUAUGUCAUAUGACAAAUGUCAAAUAAGGUUUCACAUACCCAAAACACACUCAAGAAACACACACGCUACCCACAAAUAUGUUAUCUCAUGGUGAUCAUGAUGCCAACACUCUAAACACAAACAACCAUAAUAUUAAUUUUAGGGUUUCAUCAAGAUCCACCACCCUCUCAUCUUCUUCCUCCUCUAACACCUCUUCCAACCUCUCCAUUUAUUCAAACAACACUAGAACAAUGGAGGAAGUUUGGAAAGACAUCAACCUCUCCACCACAAACCACCCUACUGCCGCCGUGAAGGGCUACCGUGGGUUCAUUCUACAAGAUUUUCUUGCAAAACCCUUUUCUAGUAAUGACACACCCACGAGUGUUUCUUCACCGCAACCACCGGUGCUGUUGACCCUGAACUCGGGUUUGGUUCAGUUGGAUUGUCUCACGGAAGAUCAGACUCCAAAUAUUUGCUCUCUUAAUGUGCCGUUUGAACGAGUCUUGGGAUCGGCUGACUCGUGUUCGGGGUUAUUCGGGCACAACAUUGGUGGGAUGAGGAUCUUACCCGAGGACGGGACUGGUGGCGACCGUCGACACAAGCGGAUGAUCAAGAACCGCGAGUCGGCCGCUCGGUCAAGGGCUAGAAAGCAGGCUUACACAAAUGAGUUGGAAAAUGAAGUCGAACGUUUGAAAGUAGAAAACGCGAAGCUUAAAAGGCAACAAAAACAGUUAGAGUUGGCAACAAAAGCUCAAAUGACGAAAAAGAGGGGCCUCCAAAGAACAUCAACUGCUCCAUUUUAAGAGAAAGAGGAAGGGUAUAUUAUAGGAAAGAGUGAAGCUAUGCAUGAAUGGGAUUUUGAAGGGGUGUUUAUGUACUUAUAUAUAAGAGGAAGGGGGUGGCGGGUAGAUUGUCAUGUUGGGUCAUUUUGGGCCACUUUUUUCCAACAGUGUUGGUUGUACUUUUGGCCAACGUGUGUAAUUUAGUAAUUUAACAAUCCUAAGUAAUGAAAAUGACAUGAAAUUACUUUUUCUG